CUACUGAUUUCUUUGGAGUUUGGUGAGAGACCUUUGGUGAUCUUGGAGGUGGCUCAAAGUACACAGCGCGAGCGUGGAUCCGUCUGUUUGCCCACCAGCAGGAGAAAUGUGAAAUAAUCUCUUCCUUAAACGUUCCGUUUCUCAGACCCCUCGGACCGACCGAAGCCUCACGACGGUCAGCUGAAAUGGCAUCAUCAUUUUGACCGCUUCAACCAGGUGGGUCUCUUUCUCAAGAUCUCCAACGCUUGGCCAUCGUCAGCCCGGCCACCAGCCCUCUUGGGCGAGAGACCUCCCAGCCCGCAGGGCCCAAUUCACAUCCUCCAUCAUGACUUUUGCUCAGCUUCUGGAGCAAGUGGGUGGCAUGGGGCGCUUCCAGAUUCUCAAUGUGCUCUUGUUAUGCUUCCCGAUGGUCUUCAUGGCAGCCCACAACUUGUUACAGAACUUCACGGCGGCCGUCCCCGGCCACCGCUGCCGGGUGGCCCUGAACGACACGUGUGGCCGGAAUGCCACGGACGGCGCAGACUGCCCUGCUCUCCUGAAGGCCUUCAUCCCAGCCCACGGCCAGCGGACGGCACAGAAAUGUCAACGUUUUGUGACCCCGCAGUGGCAACUGCUGGAGGACAAUUCCACAGGUCUGGAAGACGCGGAGGCAGAGACGGAAGCGUGCCUCGACGGCUGGGUCUACGAGAACCACACUUUUGCGUCCACUGUUGUCACCGAGUGGGACCUGGUGUGUGACUUUCGAACCUCACAACAGAUGGCCCAGUCGAUAUACAUGGCGGGCGUGUUGGCGGGCGCCGUGGUGUUUGGAGGCCUCUCGGACAAGUUCGGCCGGAAACUCUUGCUCAUCUGGUCAUGCUUCCAGAUGGCUGUUUCCGGAUCCUGCGCGGCUUUUGCGCCCAGUUUUGCGGCUUACUGCAUUUUCCGCUUCCUGUCCGGAAUGGCGCUUUCGGGAAUCGGACUGAAUUGUGUCUCUCUGUCAGUGGAGUGGACUCCGAUGCGUUCCCGGGCCACUGUCAGCAUGGUGACAGGCUAUAGCUACAGCCUCGGGCAGUUCAUCCUUGCGGGCAUAGCUUAUGCCAUCCGGGACUGGCGUUGGCUUCAGCUCGCCGUAUCUUUCCCGUACUUCGCCUUCUUCCUGUAUAGUUGGUGGUUCGCAGAGUCGGCCCGGUGGUACGCCACGGCCGGCAAGCUCGACCGAGCCCUCGAGGAGCUGCAAAAAGUCGCACGGAUCAACCGACAAAAGGAACGAGGAGAGAAGCUUAGCUUAGAGGUUUUGAAAGCCAGUUUACAGAAGGAGAUGCCUUCUGCCGACUCUAGAUCCUCCGUAGCUGACCUUGUGGGCACACCAAUGCUGCGCCACAUCACGGGCUGUCUUUGUUUCGUAUGGUUCUCCACCAGCUUCGCUUAUUAUGGGUUGGCGAUGGACCUGCAAAACUUUGGGGUCAGCAUUUACCUCAUUCAAGUGAUCUUCGGAGCGGUCGACAUCCCAGCAAAACUCAUUGCCUUCUUGAUCAUUUCCUAUUUGGGUCGCCGGCUCACCCAGGCCCUGAGCCUUAUCCUGGCGGGACUGUCCAUCAUUGGCAACAUCUUCGUACCUCAAGAUAUGCACGUCCUUCGGACUGUGUUUGCUGUCUUCGGGAAAGGAUGUUUGGGCGCUUCCUUCAACUGUGUCUUCUUGUACACCGGAGAACUUUACCCGACUGUGAUCAGGCAGACCGGGAUGGGCUUCGGCAACACGAUGGCACGGAUCGGAGGCAUUGUAGCUCCCUUGGUGAGGAUGACUACCGAGUACUCCCCAGCCCUCCCGCUUCUCGUCUAUGGGGCAGCCCCAAUCGUUUCUGGCAUUGCCGCUUGCUUCCUCCCAGAAACCUUAAAUGUGCCACUUCCUGAUACGAUUGAAGACGUGGAAAAACAGUUAAGUGCAAGCUCAUUAAUCCACAGUAUGAAAAGUUACAUGCGAGCGCUGUGGUGCCCCAGCCUUAGGAAUCCGGAGCUCCUCGAAAAAAGUAAAACCAGCCACGACCAAAGCUCCAGUCCGGAUCAGGCCUCUUUACACCUGAAGGAGCUCAAAGGAACGGCUGAGAAUCACCGGGUGCAGGACGGCGCAGAAGGGAAAGACGCGGUGACCGGUGUGGUCUGUCGGUCGUCGUAG